AUGAAGCAGCCGCCAAAAAGAGCUGCAGCAAUGCACAGGCCGCAGAUGAUGCUUUGUCUCUUUUGCCUCCUCCUGCCUGGGACGCAGGCCUUCGGAGAACAGCGAUGGAUACUGAAGAACAGCUUCCUGAAGUACAAGCAGAAUCCGUCCUACUGCGUGAGUCUGCGAGAAGGCAAGGUUGCCAACGGCGUGGAUGUCAUCUUGUGGCAUUGUUCUCCAGAUGCAGAGCACAAGUUUAAAGUUAACGGCAAUUACAUCCAGUACGAGGCCGACCCCUCCUAUUGCCUGGCCGUGCGUGAGGGCAAGAUCGGCGACGGCUCUGACAUCAUCCUGUGGAAGUGUUCUGAGACCCCGGAGUUCCACUGGGAAAUGGACGGCGAGUUCAUCAAGUACAAGGCGAAUCCGAGGUAUGCCAUGGUAGUGCGCAACGACAACCCAAUGGAUGGUGCAGACAUCAUCCUUUGGACGGUGGGUGGCAUGAACGACAAAUGGUCGUUCGAUGGCAAACUCAUCAGAAUGGAGACGGACCGCAACAAAUGUUUAUCGGUUCGCCUUCCUGCGGGCGAGGGCAGCAAAGUGUCUGCCGACAAGUGUGGCAACGGGGGCACAGCAGUGAGAUGGUCCAGAAUCGGCAGCCUGAUCCGCUACGAGCCAAACCCCAAGUAUUGCCUGUCCGUUCGGCAAGGGCAUAUUAUGGACGGUGAAGACGUCAUCCUUUGGAGUUGUGCGGAGUCGGCUGAAUACCAGUGGGAGGUGUCAGGGAGUUUCAUCAAGCACAAGGAGAAUCAGGACUACUGCCUCUCGGUGCGUGAGACCAGUGGCUACAAGGCCGCGGCCGAUGCGGUGAUUUGGUCGUGCCAGGCCCUUGAGCCGCUUGGACUGCCGGUCUCUGCCGACCAGAGACAGCAGACCAUGGCUGACGAGAAUGUCUGGAAAAUUGACGGUCCUUACAUCAAGUCCUCGCUGGAUACGAAGUACUGUGCGAGCGUGCGGCAGGGCGAGAUAACUGAUGGCUCUGACAUCAUCAUGUGGCACUGCGGCGAGGGCCGAGAGUUCAAGUGGCUCGUCCAGGACGGCCUGAUCAAGCUCCAGGCGAACCCCAGCUACUGCAUGAGCGUCCGCGAAGGCAGAGCUGGAGAUGGCUCCGACAUCAUCCUCUGGAGCUGUGCUCGCUCCAACGCCCACCGAUGGAAAGUUGACGGUGGCUCCAUCGUGUUCGAGGCAGAUCAGAGAUACUUUCUGUCAGUCCGACAGGGCCGCGUCCAGGAUGGUGCAGACGUCAUUCUCUGGUCUGGGUACAUCAACCCCUUCCUCUUUACUUUCGACGGAUUCCUGCUGAAACCGAAGGCCGAUCCUAGCAGAUGUGUCAGUGUGCGCGAGGGCAAGAUCGCCGAUGGCAGCGAUGCCAUCUUGUGGCAGUGCAGCAACACGGACGAAUCUCGCUGGACAGUGUCGCAAGAUCACCUCGUGUUGGGCAGCGACGAGCACUACUGCCUGGCUGUGCGAGAGGGGAAGUGCCAGGAUGGCGCGGACGUCAUCCUGUGGACCUGCGGCGAUGACCACUCCUCGCGUUGGGUCGUGGAUGGUGAGCGUAUCCGGUGGAAGGCCAAUAAGGACUACUGCAUGUCCAUCCGGCAGGGCCGAAUAGGUGAUGGUUCGGACAUCAUUGUGUGGGCUUGUGACGAGCCCUAUGAACUAGACGACGAGCUCUGA